GCGCGUCGGUGCGUCCGUCCGUCUCUUCUCACCAAAGCACAGCUAAAUACAAACUACACGCAGAAAAGUUACAAGUAGAACUUUACCGGAUUCAGCUUGAGGUUUGCGUUCAGAAGUGGAUUAGGAGCUGAGUGAGGCGAUGCUGCUCGCGUCUGUAAACUUCCCUGUGAAAUAAACGGCGGCGCGAGGAGGAUUCGACACGCGCCAGCCAAGUGAACGAACGAGCCACUACCAAGUUUAGGCAGUGUGGUGACCCUUAAAGUUCUCCUAUGAGGUGAUACCCACCUCGUCCACCCUCAGGCUCCCCACCUAACGCCAGCAUAGGCAGCAGCACGACUAAGGGAUGUCACAGGUGUUUCUACUGAGCCUGAUCAUCCUUUUCUCCUGUACCCAGGUGUCCUCGGCUUUGUCUGUGAAACUUUUGAUGAAAGGCUGGAUCAGCUAUAAAGAUGAAUGUAUGGAAAAUCACAGCAGGGAAGCACCAGUCACAGGGCUUGUAUGUAACAGGACAUUCGAUAAAUAUGCCUGCUGGCCGGAUGGGCAGCCCAACACUACAGUGAGUGUACCCUGUCCCAAGUACCUGUACUCAUAUCCAGCAGUCAAGCAUGGCUUGGUGUAUCUGGACUGUGAUGCAGAUGGUCAGUGGGCUAAGCAGAAGAACACAAGUGAGUGUGAAGCAAAUGACCUGGCCGAGACAGAUACGCAAUACUAUGGAAGAAUUCUUAGUAAAUUUAGGGUCAUAUACACUGUUGGGUACUCCCUCUCACUGGGGGCGCUGGUGCUGGCACUGGGGAUCCUGGUGGCAUUCAGGAGGCUGCACUGCAUGAGGAACAACAUUCACAUGAACCUGUUUGCCUCCUUCAUCCUGCGAGCCCUGGCCAUCCUCAUUAAGGAUGCCUUGCUAGAGAGAGCCAACCUAAAUAUCAACCCUGUCACAACCACAGAACUCGAGAUGGAGCUGUUUGUCAAGAAUGAGGUCUUGCAGCCGGAUGUGGGCUGCAGGUUUGCUAUAGUGAUGAUGCAGUACAGUAUCAUAGCGAACAGCUACUGGUUGCUGGUGGAGGGCAUCUACCUGCACAACCUGCUGGCAGUGACUGUGCUGACUGAAGGAAACCACUUCAGUGUAUACCUUUGCAUCGGAUGGGGAGCUCCACUGAUCUUUGUCCUGCCCUGGAUUAUUGUAAAGUAUAUUUACGAGAAUGAAGAUUGCUGGGAGCGGAACAUUAACAUGGGCUACUGGUGGAUUAUUCGUUCUCCAAUCCUGCUGGCAGUGCUGAUCAACUUCUUCAUUUUCAUCCGCAUUAUUAAGAUCCUUGUAUCCAAGCUGAGAGCACACCAGAUGAGAUAUUCUGACUACAAGUUCCGGCUUGCCAAGUCCACCCUGACCCUGAUCCCUCUACUUGGUAUCCACCUGAUCCUUUUUUCCUUUGUCACUGAUGAGUCUACCUCAAACGGCGCCAUCCACCUGCGGCUUACUAAGCUCUUCAUUGAUCUCUUCUUUAAUUCCUUCCAGGGGCUGCUGGUGGCCAUUCUGUACUGCUUUGUCAACAAAGAGGUUCAAUCUGAGAUCCUGAAGUUCUGGAAGCGCUGGAGGGGGAAGGACAUUGAUGAGGAGUACCGUCACACCUACAGCAACACGGCUCAGGUGUCCAACAGCAAACACCACCACCUUUCCAGCAAGUCACGACUGCCGGAUAUCACACGCUCAGCCACGGGCAUCUGCAGUCCCGAGGAGAAGCAGCUUCUGUCGUUUGGGUGUCACAAUGGCACAGGUCAUGUCCUCUUCACCCCCACGACACCCGAGGGUACCACAGAGAACAUCCCAGCUGAGGAAACAGAGGCAUGUAAUCAGGCCCUGCACGGCAGUGAUGAGAGCAACCUGUGAGUGUGUGCACCUCACGCUGGCUGAACCCCUCUGGCCCUGAGCCCAGUGUCCGAGCAGCGAAACGGAUGUAUGUGUCGGUGUGUGUGCAUGCGUCAUGUUUGUCUAUCAUAUGGGAGAGUGUGUAGCACUUGUGCGGCUGCUUUACGCUAACCAUCUCGUGAAAAGUGUUUGGUUUACAGGUAUGUUCAAGUUACAUCUACGCAACAUCACUGCAUCUUCAGCACACGGACUUCAACAAAAACGUGCUGUGACUAUAAUCCAAUAAAAAUUAUGGACCUCGGAUGAGACAGAAUCUGGAUUAUGGUUGAAUGACAGAAAAAGGAAGGAAUCUUUGAACAGGAUACCAAAGUGUAAAGGAAUAAGAUCCUUUUUCAGACAUUUCAGUGUUUCUGAAGAAAAAAAUGGAUGCCUAAAAGCUUAAAGAACUUACGCUGUAUUUAUAUUUACAGACUUGGAUUAUCAAAGUGAGUUUUUACUCCUUUACUUUUGUCCUUGGUGCCGUCCUCAUUGUCAGAAAAAAUCUUGAAAACGAGAUAUUUUUUUGGUAUUUGUUUAUUUUGGUGUUGUAUCAUGGAUGGUUCUAGAUCAUGUUCAGGGCUUGUAUUCAUCAGGUCUCUCAGAAUCCAAAAUUGACUGCCUCAGUUAUAUUCUUGCCUUAGAAUUAGAUGCUCUACUUCUUUAAAUCUUACACAUUCAGGGUUACAGUAGGGUUGCCAACUUUCAGAACUGGAUGGCGGGUGUUUACCUGAGCGGGAGCCUCAGAACCAUAUUUUAGGCAAAACAACAUGCAUAAAGAACAUCUUGUAAAAAAAUUUCUAAAUAGUGCAAACAACAUUUUUACAUUAUCCAUCUUCACACUGACAUGCAGCCCCGGUUCUGGAUAGCGCCCCCAUAGCGCCAGACCUGCUUGUGUUACUUUAGUUUCGCCCUAAGCCAGACUGAAACCUAGGGUGGAAGAAUACGCACGAUCCACUCUGCCCAUUGCGCUACUCAAACAGCGGAGUAAUUUAUAGGUUGUUGUGCUGAUAUGCCUGCACACACGGCGUUACUAAGACUAAAAGUGAAUACUGUACUACUUAAAAUAAUAACCAAACGCCCAUGGUAGCAGCAGUUUUCUUCUGUUUCAUACAUAUCGCCCUGUCUCAGUCUAAUCUGCAGCAUUUCUCUCCCAUUGAUAAAAAUACAGAACAAAGUGCGUCCCGUAUCAGUUCAAUACAGAAAACGACGUUUAGUUUCCAAAUAAGGAACGAUUCCGUAUUUUACGGGACAGUUGGCAACCCUAGGUUACAGGUACAAGAAAAAACUCAGAAGUCCAGAAAUGUAUUUCUUUUUUUUCUUUCUUUUCUUUUUUAUUUAUGCAUUUUCUCCUAUUUUCUCCCAGUUUAGUGUAGUCAAUUUGACUUCCACUGCUGGGGGAUCCCUGAUUGCAGUUGUGGUGAGUAUAUUGCUUCUCAUGCCUCCUCCGGCGACUGCACAGAGAUGAGAAAAGAGUGCUCUUAGGGUGUGUCCCUGCAUACACAACGCUAAGCUGCACUGCACUCAUCAAAGUGUAGGUGAUAAGAUGCAUACAGCAUGCUGCCCACGUGUAGGAGGGGGCGUGGGUUAGCUUUGUUCUCCUCAAUCAGAGCGGGGAUCGGCAUUGGUGGACAUUCUAAAUAGGAAGAAAAAGGGGAGAAAAUGCAUAAAGAAAAUAUUUUAAAAAAUAAAAAUAAAUAUGCCCGCUAGAUGGCGCCCAGACGACCUGUGGCAAUGCCAAGUUUUGAACCCGCUGCGCCACCUGGGCACUCAGAUAUGUAUUUCUUAAACAGUUUAUAAAAUUGUUUUUCAUAUAAAAUAUAUUUUUAAUAAAUAACCUCUGUGGAUGCCUAGACUCCGGCAAAACGGCAGACAAAACCAAUAAAUGUACCAGGUAAUACUCAACCAAUCAACACACAAAGUUCUCAAAAUAGAUGAACACAUUCUGCCCACGGGUCAGAGGAGACUUAAGCAGCAAUAUACUCACCUCGACUGCAAUCAAGGAUCCCCAGCAGUGGAAGACAAAUUGACUACGCUAAAUUGGGAGAAAAUGGAAGAAAAAAGUAUGUAUAGCAUUUUCUACAAUAGACAUUGUCUCAAAGCAACUCCACCUGAGCACUAAUAAUGAAUCAGUUUUUCUUUUAAAUAAAUACCUAGUAGUUUUUCCUAAGCCAGAGAGCUGUUUGUCUUUUCCUAUGACAUAUAGUACACAUAGUGCCUGGGUGGUGCAGACAUAGAGGUUGGCUAAAUCUGGGGGUGGCCGAAUGGAUGGAUUGGCGCCCUGUCUGGUACAUUCCUGCCUUGCGCCCAAUGUUUCCCAUUGGAACGAGACCUGAUCAGGAUGAAGCAGUUGAUGAAAAUGACAAAAAUAUAGUAUACAUGAUUAAUUUUGAAAUCCAGAAUCUUUAAGGAUUCUCAAUUUUUUCAACUUUAUAUUCCAUAUGUUAGUGCUGAUACAGGGUAAAAAUACAGGGUAAGUCAAAAUUAUGUAAACACUUGAAUGGCGGAAACCAUUUAAUCACAAAACAUACUUCAUUUAUGUAAGAUGAUUUAUGGCUAGUUCACACUGCAUGAUUUUUUCCCUGAUUUCCGCUCGCCGACUGGUCUGCGCUAGAUUUGCCGGCUCGGGAGCAACUCGGCGUUCGCUCUGCGAUCGAAACUCGGCUCUCAAACGCUGUGUGAGAACUACUCAACAACUCGAUCUGAGCGCUCGGCGACCGAAGAGAGAUAUCUAGCAUGUCAAAUAUCUGGAUCCGAGUCACACAACUGCCAAUGAGUACUAUGUCGAACAGCCAAUGAGAAGGCAAGAUACAGUGUGAGGGGAAACGCUGGGGAGGAAUGCAUUGCAUUGCAAAAAUAUUUAUUAAGCUCUAACUCACUAUAGAACAAUCCAAGCCAAAUCCACUCAGAUUCAUUUAUUUUUCCUACUUGAUUUUACGCUGGACAUCAGCGCACAAACUUGGAUCUCUCGCUAUUUGUUGAUGUGCAUUUUUGGACGUGGUAUCAUUAAACCCCUCGUCACUUCUCGCGUUUGUUUUUGUGACAAAACGUAGUUUGUGAGACCAGAGAAGCUCGCCUGUGAUUCCAGAUAGUGAUAGAUCGUGUAGUGUGAAACUCCCUACCGCCGAUCAGUCGUGUAGUGUGAAAUACACACCGACUUGAAAGACUCCUGAUUACAAGAGAUCCAGUCCUGUAGUGUGAACUGUACAGCGACCUGAUGAGUUGGAAAGUUGUGUAGUGUGAACUUGGCAUUACAGGACAGUCUCAACCUAUUCGCCAUCAUGUUUAACACACAAAAACCAGCGAACAACAGUACCAUUUAAAGCCCGGAUACACAUUUCGCGGGGAAUAGAUCCAUUAGUGUUAACAUAAUUUUGACUCACCCGGUACUUAGGAAUUAUGAAUUUGGAGUUGACAGGACUCCUAAUUCAUUGGCAGGACAAAUAUUUUGGACAACCAACCUCAGAAUGAACUGGUAGGGCCAUACUAUGUAGAAAUGUAGCUAAUUUUCUUUACAAAUCUCAUAAGGUACACCGUUUCUCCAACUCCAACUGAACUGAGUUACGGCUGCAUUUCCUACCUCACAUGGUCUGUACACAUUUUGCCAAUUUUGGGAUUUCCUUUUCUGCCAACUAACUGGGUUUUCACAUAUCCCUGGGUAAGGUUUGUUUUCUCUGAGAUACAUGAUGUGCCACAUGGCUCAUUCAUGCAUAUUAAGGAGAUCAACAACUGCACACAGGAGCUCACAACUACACUGAUGAGAGCAAAUUCCUGUCAUAUAAAUAAGGCUACUUACAUAUUCAGAAUUUAAUAAAAAAGAAAUUCUGAGAGGCUUGGUAAAUACAGGCCAAGGUCUUUGACAAAUAGUAUACUUAAGCAGUCCUGAAGAUGUGCCUUUUCUUUCCAGGUUUGAAAAAAUAAGUAAAAGACAAUGUUAUGUGGUUUUUCACUUUCCAUCUAGUUGCUAGCAUUACUAACUAAAACUGAAAACAAAUAUUUAGCCUUUAGCAUGAUGUAAAUUGUGUACAGUGCUUGAUGUUGAUGUAAAUGUAUGUGCAUCUUGUCCAUCUGCUCCAACAAAAAGAGCUGCUGGCAAAUCA